AUGGACGACAAGAGUAUCGCGAAAUCAGUUAGAGAGUGCCUUGCACUGUUCCAGAAACUUGCCUCAUUGCCCUCGUCUCCCUUCGAUACCUCUCAUCAAACGGCAUUGACGGCCAUUAUAGAAGAAGAGGCCCGCUUCAAAAUUUGGUCCGGAAAUAUUGGCGCGCACUCGUUAGGAAGGCAAUCACUGCAGUAUCGUCUUCGAGAUGCAUCUCAUUUGCAAAAGCAAGUACUUGCACUUUUAGCAGACCUGUCAGAGUUAUUAGAAGACGCUUUUGCCAUUGUGAGCGGGAGUAAAGUCCCAUGGGAUCAAAUUGAGGAUGACGAGGUUUUGGCCGACGAAUCCGACUCGCUUCAAGAUCCUGACAGUGACAAGAACGAAUUUCCAGCGACAGAACUGGAACAAAUCUCCACCAAUGUGCCAGAUACUGUUAACUGUCUGCUAAGGUUGAGCGUCGCCAUAAGAAAUCCGGCUCCUCACGACCGCUUUGCAGCAUCGGUUCCGGUAGAUGUAUCAUAUUAUGAACCUUUCGAUAUUCAUCACGUCCAGGCCAAGUUUCAAAAGAUAGACAAUCUCAUGGCCCAGAGACUAGGACAUGCAAUUUCUAGACGACGACAAUACUUUAAGUACCGUGAAAGCCACCGCUUGAAGCUCGCUCAUGGUUUGGAUCUCACAAAUGAAGCCGAUGGUAAAAGUACCGUUGCAAGUUCAAUACCAGGCCGUGCCAAGGGCGGUGGGUUUAAUAUGGAAUCAUCGGCAAUAGAUGAAGACGUUAUUUCAAAUUCAGGUAUUUCGCAAACAUCUUUUGCGUCUUCCCUUGCAGAUAUAGAAAGGCUUCGCAUCCCCCCGCCUCCAAAGGGGGCUGGGAGCGGUCCUUUUGAAUGCCCUUUUUGUUAUAUGAUCAUAACAGCUACAAACAGAAUAUCAUGGAAGCCGAUUCGAACAAGAGAUGGGAUAACUUGUCCCAUAUGCAAGGAGAGCCUUGACUCGGUGAAGGAGUAUCAGCGACACGUCGGCCGGCAUCAGGAGCAGCUUGCGAUUUUUGCUCUUCCCCCUUCACAGUCCCAGGAAAAUGAGGAUGUCUUUGGUGAUGAUGAAAGCAACUCAGGUCGGAGUGAUGUGGACUCUGAGAGUAUUGAUACCACCGAUGGGGGAGUGCGUUUAGGAGAGCUUCAGAUUGAUGAUCAUAGAGAAUUGGUCUCUGUUCCCUUCUUCUCAACCGUGGAGAAGAUCGAACCAGUGGAUCCUGAGGCCCAGCCAUCUGCCCCAGCUUCCGUGACCGCAGCUGUGAACAACGCUUCAGAUGGAGUUUUUCAGGAAGCUAUUGACGAUUUGAUUCGAGACGACGGAGGUAUUCGCAGUGAAUCAACCUUCAGAUUCCCGCGCCGGCCAGUCUUUACCGAUGAGCCGCCUCAUAUUGAUCGGUUUGAUCGGUUUGAUCGGUUUGAGCGGCCUGGCAGUCAAACCAAGGAAGUUGAGUCGACCCCUUCAAACCGAGCUCCUGAUCAUAAUCUCGAUUCUUUCACCACCUCCCACAACGAUCACGAGCGGAGCAACGACAAUUGUGGGACCAACACGUAUGAUGAAAAAGCGAUUCGGCAUCGUCACUUAUCUCUCCUGCGGUUAGCAGAAAUUCAGCGCCAGGAAGAUGAGGAGCGACAACGCGACAUCCUUCGCAUCGCCAAGGCCAACGCCAAACUUAGUGGUGACAAUAUAACGUCAAGAAGUUCACCCUCUUUAACUGUGGAUGAUGAGAAUGCAAUUAGACGCCUUCAUGAGGAAGAGGAAGAGCGACGACGCCGCGUUCGCCUCCGUCGCAUCGCUAAGGCUAAUGCCGAGUCCAACGCCAGCUCGCCCGUGCCGAGUCCUCCCCCUUCACUCAGCGCCCUCUCCUUCAAAACCACCGCAGCUGCGCUUCCUGAUGACAACAUAACGUCAAAAGGUUCACUCUCUUGGACUGCAGACGAUGAGGAUGCCAUUAGACGCCUUCAUGAGGAAGAGGAAGAGCGACGACGCCGCGUUCGCCUCCAUCGCAUCGCUAAGGCUGAGGCCGAGAUCUACCAACGCCCACCCAUGCCAAUGCCUCCCGCUCCAAUCCCCUUGACAGCCGAAGCACUACGUAGAGUGCCUAAGAACGGAGAAUGGCCACGCGGGAGAGCUAAACAGGGGAGCAUCGCCGAUUCGGAUCGUGCGACUUACGGUGGCGCGUUCGGCGAGAGUGACGGAAAAUUGAAAACCUCUGGAGAUAACUUUGCCAUUCGUUUAUCCGAACAAGCUGUUGUACGUGUUCCCGGGGUCAAAAUUGAAGAGGAUGGAAGCUCAGUUGUCUUUGGCGGCCAGCCCCAUGUACCGACCCAUGAAGAUAAUGAGCGCACAAUAAUAAUUGACGGGAGGAUAUAUGCACCCGUGCAUGCACCCUACGAGUGUGAAACCCUCGAGCCAGUAACUUACGAACAUGCGCUGUACGAUCCCGAGCUGGCUGCUAGCCACUAUUACUGA